GUCACACAGAGCUGGCUGACACCAGGAUAGGGAAAAAAAUAAAUCAAGAGGAAAACCCACAAAAAAAAAAACAAAAAAAAAAAAGGAGAAAAAUUUCGCGCUGUGUAAGAAUCAAGAACUCGCCCUCCUUCUACCCUUUAUUUUGUUUCUUAAGUUAAUUCGAUUCCCGUCGGUCUCCGCUGUUCAUUUCAUCAGUUUCUCCGUCGCAUUCCGCAGGCUGUAGAUUUUUCUGUUUCAGUAGAUUAUUUGGUGAGUCGAGAAUCGUCAUCACAUGGCUAUUGUUGAGAAUGGUGGUGGUGUUGAUUUGGGUCGAAACCUCGAGAACCCAUCGCAGGACUCGUCCCUGCCCAACGAUCAGGAUCAUCCGAAGCAGACCCAUCUGCGGUCUCGCAUGGAUCCGACCCUGAACGGCAACAAUGGCCCAAUCCUCCGUCCCCACCACCACGAUCAGCCGCUCUACCUGAGCCACGGCCACGGCCAUCCCCUCAUGUCCAACGGGGCCGAUCUGCCGCGGAACAACGACGCUGGGGAGGAUUUCAAGAGGGACAUGAGGGAGCUGCAGGAGCUGUUCUCGAAGCUGAACCCGUUGGCCGAGGAGUUUGUGCCGCCUUCGCACGCUAACAGCGGGUUUAACGGGAGGUUUCAUGCUAACAACUUCAACGGCGAUGGUCAUGGCAGUGUGGUGACAAACGGUGGCAGAAACGGGCAGAUGAACGGUGUCGCCGGUCGUCGGAAGAAGAACUUUAAUCAAGGGAAACGAAGGAUUAAUAGCAGGACAAGUAUGGCUCAGCGAGAAGAAAUAAUUCGGAGGACGGUUUACGUGUCUGACAUUGACCAACAGGUCACUGAGGAGCAACUUGCAGGUUUAUUUGUCAGCUGUGGGCAGGUUGUGGACUGUCGUAUUUGUGGUGACCCCAAUUCUGUACUUCGCUUUGCUUUUAUUGAGUUCACGGAUGAAGAAGGUGCAAGGGCUGCUCUCAACUUGUCAGGGACGAUGCUUGGAUUCUACCCUGUGAGGGUGCUGCCCUCUAAAACAGCUAUAGCACCAGUUAACCCGACAUUUUUGCCGAGGACUGAGGAUGAGCGGGAGAUGUGCACACGGACCAUAUACUGUACAAACAUCGAUAGGAAGGUUACUCAAGCAGAUGUUAAACUAUUUUUUGAGUCCGUCUGUGGAGAGGUUUAUCGUUUGAGGCUACUAGGAGACUAUCACCAUUCUACUCGUAUUGCUUUUGUUGAGUUUGUAAUGGCUGAAAGUGCUAUUGCUGCCCUUAACUGUAGCGGCGUGGUUCUUGGAGCGCUACCCAUAAGGGUGAGCCCAUCGAAAACGCCUGUUCGCCCACGUGCUCCUCGCCUGCCGAUGCAUUGACCGUUCUCAGCACCUGACUUUGUCACACCAUCUGGAUAUAUAUUUGAACGCAUGAUAAUCCUUCUUCGAUGUAAAAAUAGCUCUCCGGCCGUCUGGCUGUUCUCUGUCUUAUAGAUACCGUUGUCCCGCUUCGACAAGAAAGCUUACUAUAGGUGUCCAUGUUUUGUUUAUUCUCACUUAUAGAUUAGUUGUUGGAUGGAACUUCGAGGCUCUGAGAGAUUGAUGUUACUAGUUGGUUCAUCACUCAUCUGGACAUGGGACGCUUCUUUUAAGUAUAGAAUGCUCGCUGAGCACUAGCAGAUUCUGACAUGUGAAGUGCCUAAACUUGGUCGCAUGAACUGACCCUGACAAAUCGGUUAGUUUUUGUUGCUUA